AUCUCUUACCUCUUAAGGGAGGCACUAGAAGAAGGGGAGGAUCAGAGACGACAGGAUCAAACAGCAUUUUUACACAAGGCAGAAGCACUGGUUAAAGCUUGUAGGAGGAGUUUUCUUUUCUGCUUCAGGAGGAUGCAGACCCCCUGACCUCUGCCUGGACAGUGCUGAUUGGCCCUGUGCUGAUCACAUGCACUCUCCCAAGAAAGAAAAAAAAAAACCUCUCUAGCAAUACACACCAAACUGAGCAUGUGCAGAGUGUCUCCACACAGUAUGUCUUAUCAGGAAAUAGGAGGGGGACAUUGGAAGAAGGGGAGGAUCAGAGAAGUCAGGAUCAAACAGCAUUUUUAUACAAUGCAGAGGAUUAACCCCUUAGGUUCCACAGUGAGUAUAACAAGCAUGCUUUACUGGAUAUACAGACUG